UCCAUUCCUUAGUAACUGCAUGCCUUGACUAAAUCAACAUAUUAAUAGAUCAGAGCCACAACUCCCACCCUUCUCCUACUCCUCUUCUUUGCUAUUUUAUGGUGCUUUGUUUUCUAGCCCAGAAUAUAAAAGCUUAAAGAGAGUUCACAGAAACAACUAUAGUACAUCUUCACAUUUACAGAAACAUCUUCCCUUAUUCCAAUAAACUAACAACAACAAAAAAAAAAAAACCAAAAAAAUUAAAAAACAAAAAAAAUCCAAAAAAAAAAAAAUCAAUCAUGGGGACAUUAACGCAAAAUCGUGUGAUUGUUCGGCUGCUGCUUCUGCUGUGUGUUUGUCCCUGCAGUGUUCUCUCAGACGACACCGUGCCGGUUCCGGCCGAAAAAGCUAAGAUCGACAGCUGGUUCACCGAGAACGUUCAGCCCCUUUCUAGCCGGAAAGGGCUCGACCCCGCCCUGAUCAAGGCGGAGGCGGAGGCGCAGCAUUUAACGGUCGGAAAAGGCGGGAAAUUCAAAACCAUCACAGAAGCCAUCAAAUCCAUCCCCACUAAGAACACCAAACGCCAAAUCAUCACAAUCGCCGGCGGGAAUUACACGGAGAAGGUAAAAAUCGAGUACACGCAGCAUUUCAUUACCUUCUUCGCCGAUCCAAAGGACCGCCCGAACAUAAUCUUCGACGGCACAGCCGACAAAUACGGCACCGUUUACAGCGCGACGGUCCAAGUGGAGGCCGAUUACUUCUCCGCCGUGAACAUAAACUUCGUGAACUCCGCCCCGCGCCCCUCCGGCAAGAAGGAGAAAGAACAGGCCGUGGCUCUCACCGUGGGAGGCGACAAAGCCUCAUUCUACAACUGCAAAUUCUUCGGCUUCCAAGACACCUUAUGCGACAACCACAACAAGCACUUCUACAAGGACUGCUACAUCGAAGGCACCGUCGAUUUCGUGUUCGGCGACGCCAAAACGAUGUUCCUCAACACCGAGCUCCACGUCAUCGACGGUAACCGAAUGGCCAUGAUUUCCGCGCACGGGCGGAAAUCGGAGAAGGAGGACACGGGGUUCGCGUUCGUGCACUGUAAAGUCACGGGGACGGAUAAAGUGGCGGUGCUGGGGAGGGGGUGGUUUGAUUAUUCUAAGACGGUGUUUUUGUAUAAUGAAGUUAGUGAUGCGAUAAAACCGGAGGGGUGGUUGGGGUUGCACGCGAAUACGAAUGAGGGUGGGGGGUGUUACUUUGCGGAGUAUAAGAAUACGGGGAAAGGAGCGGACGCUAAAUCUCGGCCUAAGUUUGUGCAUAUGUUGACUGAUGCGGAGGCGAAGCCUUAUCUCUGUCUUAGCUAUAUUGAGGCGUCUAAGUGGUUGCUUCCCCCCAUCACCAAAGGAUAAAUUGCAGACUUCAUGCUCACACCACAUCAAAAACACAUGAAUAAUAUUGCCUAUGCAUGUGGAGAUGAUACAUACAUUUUUUUUUCUAGGAUAGGAUAGAGUGAUGGUCAUAGAUUUUUUUUUUUUGGGU